AUGCCAGACAAAAAGGCACCUUCAACAGAGUCAACACACAACUGGCGACACUCCACUGUUCACCUACUACUCCGAGUUUGGAGUUGCUUGCAAUGUCACAGAUCGAAUGAUGACAAAUAUUUGAGAGCAGUUGCUCUCUCAGUGGAGGUCGAUCGACCUCCCACAAAUGCACCGGGGCUACUGCGCUUCUCGAAAGGCAAUAUCCCAACUAGUCUCAUGAAACUACUUGGUCGAUGGCGCUCAGUCCGAGCCUUUGAUGCAUUGCUUGACCAAUGUUCUUGUUGA